AAAACGACUCAAUUGGCAAAUGUUAAAUAAAAAUGUUUUAGAUCGUUUUGACCUUCAUUUAUCUGAAAUGAUUAUUAAUGAUCUUUCUAAUGCAAAAUUACGUACAAUAGAAAUUUUAUUAUUUUAUUUAAGAUUAAAAAUAAAUGAAGAAAUUCAAUUGAGACAAGAGCAUCAAGCGUUAUUAUCAUUAAGUACUGUUGAUUCAUUAAACGAUAAGAAAUCAAUUCUUCCAAAACGAACAAGUCGAAAUGGUCAACUAACAGAAAAUAUUACAAGUAAAUCAACUUAUCGGUCUACUUAUGAACAAUUACGAAAACAAUGCUUAAAACAACAAGAAGAUAUUGAAAUACUUCAAAUGAAAAUACAUCGAUUAGAAAGAGUUACACAACUCAAAGAUAAUCGUAUUAAUGAACUUUCAAGAACUAUUCAAGAUUGUCCACAUAUUAGAUCGAAUACUGUCAUAAAUAACAAAUUUAAAAAGACAUAA